UCAGUUCAUCAAUUCAGAUCAGUUCGGUUUAGAUAUUGUAAUAUUGUAAAUGAUUUGUCGGAAGAAGGAUUGUUGAAAAUUGUGCGUUUGCCAAAUUAUAUGUAUAAGUUUUGUGCGAAAUGGGACUGCGUGAUUUUCAAAAGAAAUUGGAUCAAUUUCAAAAGGCAGUCGAUGUACCCAAAUGGUAUUUGGGCUUAUCGGACUACCAGGAGGAUACCAUCAAGGAGUUGUGCAACGAUCUGCGUGAUGACUUCGAGCAGGGCACAAGUUUUCGCGUGGAAAAGAGCUUAACGCGCCUGGGCCUCAGCCCACUGAUUAGCAAGAAGAAGAUUCGAACUAUGGUACAGCUAAGUCGCGGUAACGAUUUGGCUUUCAUUUUCUUUAUACUCGAGGGCUACUAUAUAAGCUGUCGCAAAAAUGGCGAAUACACGACCAACGAAAAGUUGCUGAUGAUAGCAAUGGCAAAAAUAGAUUUAUUGCCAACACUGCAGGAAUUAGAUCGUAUACUGCCACCACCACAGCUAAGUGAAUUGGAUCUGAAGCGUCAGCGGCGCAGCUAUGGUCAACAACAGCGGACUUCAAAAUUCCCGCUAGAGCAGCAGACGAGGAAGAAAAAAUCGAAAUCGACACAAUUUCCAUACUUUCAACGUCAGCCCAGGCCCAAGGAAAUUGUGGUUAAAUACACUAGUAAACCACCCAAUGUGAUAUCUAACUUUCCAUUCUGGCCAUUGGAUCAGCCUCCAAAUUAUGGUAUUAAAAGCGACCCACCAUGGUUCGCCGAAUACAAUUUAAAUCCAGUUGGUCGCCUGGUCAAAAGUACUGUAGCUGAAGCGGUCGACAAAUACUUCCAUCAUCUGAAUCAUAUUAAAUAUUUAGAAUCGCGAGCUAGGUUUAGCCGUAGAGCGGCCGCCGCAUUAGAGAAAGCCAUGGAUGACGACGACACUGAGCCACUUAUGUGCGCCUAUCAUAAGUUCGCAAUUGGAGAAGCGCAGCUGAUCAAAGACGAGCUGGUGGUGAUGGCACGGGAUCGUUGCAUAGAAUUGAUGGAUGUGACGCUGCCCUAUCGUAAGCUGCGACAAAAGCGUAUUGUAGCUCAGCUGGAGCGUGAUAUUGACGAUUGCAUUAAACGAUAUUCCAUGAAAAUGGAAAGCACAACGGUGCACACGAUAUCCAAGUCCGAUUGCGUACUGUGCCAGGAGCAACGCGUUGAUUUUCCUGUGGCCAAGCCCCAGGAGAGAAAAGGUCGAGCUUUAGUCGGAGACAACCUACAUCUAGCUCAUACUCAAGCGACUGACACCUGUAUUGGUGCUCGUCUCUGUGGCGGUGGUCUGCGUCGUGAGCCAAUCGACUUUGAGGUCGAGCUGCCACCGUGUCGCAGCUCGAAUGCAGGCACAUCUAUGCUGUCUGACGCGUCGUCUUGUGUGACACCAAAAGGUAAGAGCCAGCAACGCAUAUCCUUUCUGCUGGAUGACAGCAAAUUGAAGAAACUUCGAAAAAAUCGGAAAGACCAAACUGUGGAAGUGCGCUAUCAGGGCAAACAGACAAAGAAGACGUUCUUUACGGCGCCCAGCGAUCACAAACCCUAUCAAUUUAAGUACAAACGCAUCUUUAAGUCCGGUCAAGAGAAGCCACGUGAUGUCAAAAAGGUGAUUGCCAAAGCGUUUGUGAGUGCACUAGAUAGAGGCGAUGGAACACCUAUUCCUCUGUGCGAAAAACCAGCCGAAAACACAUCCGAAGACGAUGUGGAAAAGCUGGAAAUGGAAGUUAGCGGCAUUCGUUUGACAGAUAGCUGUGCAUCCACAGAUGAUACCAGCGAGCACAGCAAACGCAGCUAUGAGGAUCGCCGGGCGGACAUCGUAGACGCUGUGGUGCGUUGUGCCAAAGAAAUCUGGAUGAAGGGUGUCAAUGCAAAACGAGCCGAGAUGGAAAUGCAGGAAAGCGAAGCCAAGGCAAAAGAGAAUCCAAUGCAAUCAUCAAUACUAACAUAUGAUAUUGAAAAAUUUGAUCCGGAUAAUGCACAGCUCAUGAAUCGCAUGCUGCAAGAUGGCCUGGCACAGCUGCGCAAAAAUCAACGAUUCGUGCUUGCCUCCCUGCCCGACGCUUACAAGCUGCCCGUGCUCCAGGCAUGGAUAAGGCGUCGCUAUGGCAAACAAUAUAACGAAGAAGAGGCGCAAAAGAGUAUUCAACAAUCGAUCAAAGUAUUCGAAACGAUCACCCUGCUACAGGGUAUGCCGCCACCGGCUGACUUGAUGGGCAUGGAUCACAUGCCGCAAAGCAAAGAGAAUUUUGCCUACUGCAAGCAGGCCAAGGCCCUGGCCGCAAAGGUGCGACAGGAGUACUAUAAAAAACUGAACGAUAUUUAUAUGAAUCACACAAUCGCCUGCUGGUAUGCCAUGGGCAAUUAUAUGUGUCGCGCCGGACCACCGAGAAAAACAUUCUACGCCUAUAUGUCGGCCAAUACCCGGGACAUUAUGCGCAAUAAAGUGUGGAACGGCGAAUACAGGGAUAUACGACAAUUUCGCGAUAAUUAUAAGGAAACCCAUAAGAAAUAGUUAAGCAAAUUAUGGCUGCCGCUUUUCUACAAUUUUUUUUCUUUUAGGUUUGAUUUAUGUUAAGAGUGACAAAAAGACAAACAUAUAACUAGCGAAUAUACGACGUUUUGCUUUAAUUAAA